UUCUUUUUGUAUUGCAAAACACAUAUUUUAAACAUCGCCCACACGUCUGUUUCGCCCUGUUUUACUCUUUUCCAUACACACCGCAUGACAACAACAACAGCAGCAGCAGCAGCAACAAUAGCAAUAGCAGCAGUGCAUCUGUUAUAAAAUCAAGUAUCCGUCUUCUUCUCUUUUUUCUCUUCUUGCUUUUUUUCUUCCUCCAAAGUACCCCGUAUUCCUUGUAUAUAUAUACCCCUCCACCCUUUGUUUAAAAAAAUGGUGCAUCGCUCGUCUUCUUUGCAACAACGGUACUACGAUGAUUAUGACUAUUACGACGACGAUCCAUUCUAUGAUUACUAUGCUUUAUCACCAGAGACUACUUCUGCACGCCGUCGACCAUCAAAAAGCAAAUCAACCGCAACAACAGGAACAACGAGACGAACAAAACAACGUUCAAACAAGGUGUCCGGAGAAAAAACACCUCGUCGACGCAACAGCAGCAGCAGCAGUGGUAGCAAGAAUAGAAGAUCCAAAAGUGUGAUGAAUGAUGAUGAGCACCAAGGUUAUUAUGGACACUAUCCGUGGGGCCUAGUAGGACAACAGGACGAAACAGCUCCUCCGCCUCCUUGGGGACCCAUGUUUGAAGGUCACGACUCCUAUAAUGACGAUUACCUGUAUUACUAUGGCUUGACCCCGUGGCCGCACGGACCGAUGCCGCACCUUGCUGACAAUGACGAUUAUGUUCUCCUCGAUGAUGAUCAUCCUUCCCCUUCUUCUUCUCAGCGCAAGGCAUCCAUUUCCAAAAAGAAAAAGAAAAAAUCGACGUCCACUUCGCCACUAUUACCACAACAACAGCAGUCUGCAAUUGACAACAAUUUCAACAUGAGCAGUCCUAGCAGCAAUAUCAUUAUCAGUGACGAACCAUUUGAUGACACGGUAGCCUAUAUCCCCCCGCAACGACGAAGCACAAUCCAGGGCGCUGCAGAAUUCCACCAUACCCAACACCAGCAACAACAAGACGAUCAUCACGGUCAUACGCUAAGACGACGGCAUUCCUUAUAUGAGCAACCGAGCACAAGCAUGCUUUACAGCCCCAUGAUGCUUGAACAAGAGCCAGUCAUUCCCAUGACACCGGGGACAGCGCCGUCCCCAUGGAUACCAUCCAUGCCAAUGGCGAAUAAUGUCAUGGCUCAAAACUUUCCUAAUUCUCAACACAAUCAGCUGUCCAUGAUGGCUAGACCCCCACCGCCUCCACCACCACCUCCUGCUGCACCCAUGAUGCAGCCGUCAAUGACGCAGUUUUCAAUGCCCAUGAUGCCACGACUACCGUUUAUGAUGCCCCAAGCCAUGCCGCCCGUGCCCCCACCAUUUGCACAACCAGAUGUGCUAGGAGGGUUCCCACAUCAACCGAUGAUACCGCCUAUGCCGCCAGGUCUAGGCCCACCCCUACCUCCACCUCUGCCACCUGGACCAGGUCUUCUUCCACCACCGCAUCACCCCGCACCAAUGCCGGAUCCAGAACCAGCAUUACCACCACCGGCGGCUGCUACAUCGACUGCAGCAACAAGAGCAGUAACACGAGCCGCAUCGCCUGCAGUCAAGAAAGAGGAAGCGAAAAAAGAGGAUGCAAAGCCAAGAAGCAAGUCACCGGCAAAAGAGGAACCGAAACCAACAGCAGCAGAGGAGCCACCUAAAGAAGAAACCAAAGGUGACGAUUCGGCACCAGCGGCUGAAGAGCCAGUAGCAAGCGAUCCAGCACCUGUUGAAGCAAAGGAAGAGCCGGAAGAAUCAGUAGCAGCUGCACCAUCUAAAGCUGAUCCUCCUCUUCGACGAAGUCGAUCAUUGUUUGGCGGUUGGCUAGGCGGCGGUGGCAACAAUGCCAAAACACGACUCAUCCAUGACAUGUCACGAUGGGAUCCAUCUAGGGUCAUGCCAAUUGAAGACGCAGUACUGCCUCCAAAAACGUCCACAGUAAUGACCUCGCGUGGGUUACAGCAUCCAUCUUUUGUGGCUGGCCAUCCGCUCAACUCGCUUUUUCCUGACCCACCAGCAGCACCGCCGGAAAAUCCUGUCAAGCGAAGCAACACAUUAUCUCGCAAGGAAUCAACGCGGAUCAUGAACAAAGCGGACCAACUGCGGGUACGACCUUUUAUAUGGUGCUUCCGCCCUAUGGAUCCGAUAUUAGCAGAAUCACCAACGAUCGUGUGGGCUGCUUUUGAUAUCCGAAAUCAACAGCUCCUCGAUCCUCAUAUUGACGCCGUGGUACAUCAGCAGCCCCCAGUUAAUCCAUAUGCUACAGUUUACUUGGCUGCUCAAAAGGAGCUGCCUGGUCAGACGAUCGUCCAACCAAUCAUGGGCAUGGGAUAUAAUUAUCGAACGAGCUUGUCAUCCAAAGCCGUUCGUUUGGAGAUCGUAUGUUUACCCAACAAUGAUCCGUCAAAGCUCAUGGUGAGACAACCCCUCACAAACCAGGGAGGCGAAAACAUGGAUACCGCUCCAGGAUUGUCAUUCGCAACGACUGGUCCUGGGAUUGCCGGAAAAUUGCUAAACAUGUUAUUUUGAAGGAAGAGCCCAUUUCUUAACAUCAUAAUCCCCCUAUCUCUCCAUCUUUCCCCAUAUUCAUACUGUAUCAUCAUACAUUAUCAAACCUUUAAAUCAUUCAUUUGUUUUUGUUGCAUAAAAUAUGCACUUUGUAGUAAUAAUAAGUUGUCAGUUUUCUUUAAACGACUAAUAUCAGUGUUAUGACUUGGUGAAGAUGAUGAUGAACGGGAUCAACAUGACUGACGAC